AUGCCACAAGCCGACUUACCUCCGCCGUCGACGUUUUGUCUCUUCUUAUGGAAUGGAUCUGGACCGCCGAAGAGCUCCCUGACGAUUGGAACAAAGGUUUUCUGCAAGAUCAUCCUGGAUAGACUGUCGAAGGCCGUGGAGUCUCUUCUACGCAAGGAGCAGGCUGGUUUCCGGAGGAACUGCUCAACUCAAAGCGGCCUCAUACCGGAUGACGUUGCGGUGCACGCGGGUGUUCGCCAAGGCUGCGUCCUAUCGCCGCUACUCUUCUUAGUCAAUCUUGACGGAAUUAUGCUUCGCAUCUUAGAACACAGGUGCCGCGGCAUAGAGUGGGGAUUAUCCAACGUCUUUGAAGACUUGGAUUAUACUGAUGACCUAUGCCUGCUGAGUCAUACCCAAGCCGAUAUGCAAGCUAAGUUAAACGAUCUAAAGGUAGUGGAACGCGUCCACAAAUUUACAUACCUCGGGAGCGUCGUGUCAGAGACUGGUGGAAGUGAAGAGGUCAUCGCUUCACGGAUAGCCAAAGCCCGAGCUACCUACGCGCAGCUGAGACCUGUUUGGCAAUCGCAGAAACUGACCCGAAGGAUUAAACUUAAGAUAUUCGGGCCCAACGUGAAGUCCGUGUUGCUUUACGGGUGCGAAACGUGGAAGGUUACAAAGGACAUCUCACGCCUAAUCCAAGUUUUCGUCAACCGCUGUCUUCGUCGCAUUCUCGGUAUUUACUGGCCCGAGACCAUCUCAAACUUAGAGCUGUUGGAGAAAUGCCAUGAGAGCCCGAUCGACAGUCAGAUCAAGCGUCGCAAGUGGAGAUGGAUUGGACACACGCUCCGAAGGGACCCCGACCAUAUUCCCAAACAAGCUUUGUACUGGAAUCCCCAAGGGAAAAGAAAGCGUGGCCAUUCCCGUCAAACCUGGCGACGCUCCGUGUUGGCAGAGGCGGCGAGCAUCGGAAUGACGUGGAGCGAGGUGAAGGCUGAAGCCCAAGACCGAUCGCGAUGUAGGACAUCUGUGGACGUCCUCUGUCCCAUCUAG